UCGGGGCCGGUGGGGGCCGCGGCCGGGCCGAACCGGGCCAUGGCGAGCUCGGAGCGGAGCGCGCUGCUCACGUACCGCCUGUGCGGUGGCUCGGGCGAGGAGGAGCGGGGCUGGGAGCGCGGCCGGGCCGCCGCCGCCGCCCCCCCCCGCAAGCUGCCCACCUUCCUGGGCGUCGUGGUGCCCACGCUGCUCUCCAUGUUCAGCGUCGUCCUCUUCCUGCGCCUCGGAUUCGUGGUGGGCCAUGCUGGGUUAUACCAAGCCCUGGCCAUGUUUGCGGUUGCGUACUUCAUCAUCGGUAUGACGGUGCUGUCUGUCUGUGCCAUUGCCACCAACGGGGCGCUGGAUGCUGGAGGAGCCUACUAUAUGAUCAGCCGUGCCCUGGGCCCGGAGUUUGGGGGCAGCAUCGGGAUCAUGUUUUUUCUGGCCAAUGUUUGUGGCAGUGCCCUCUAUGUGCUGGGAUUGGUGGAGGCAGUGGUAGACAGCUUUGGAAUCCCCCCUGGGCAAAAAGCAGGCUCAGGUGUCCACGUCCUGCCCCAGAGCUACUGGUAUGAGCUGCUCUACGGCACCGUGCUGCUGGCCCUCUGCCUCCUCGUGUGCCUCGUGGGUGCCUCCAUCUAUGCCAAGGCCACCUUCCUCAUCUUCCUCAUCGUCGCGGGUGUCCUGGGCACCAUCCUCGUUAGCUUCUUCGCCACGCGGCCCACUGGGGUGCCCAUCCGCCUGCCCCACUUCAACGGCUCCGAGAUUGAGAACGGCAACUUCACUGGCUUCUCACUUGCCACCCUGCGAGACAACCUGGGCGGUGGGUACGGGGUGGACUACACCACUGGGCAGAUGAUGAGCUUCAGCUCCGUCUUUGCAGUGAUGUUCAACGGGUGCACUGGCAUCAUGGCAGGCUCCAACAUGUCAGGGGACCUGAAGCGCCCGAGCUACUCCAUCCCACGGGGAACCAUCUCUGCCGUGCUCUUCACCUACCUCAUCUACAACCUGCUGGCUUUCCUCAUGUGUGCCACCUGCAGCAGGACCCUCCUGCAGAAAGACUACGGCUUUUUGCGUGACAUCAGCAUCUUCCCACCCCUGGUCACUGUGGGCAUCUAUGCUGCCACUCUCUCUGCAGCCAUGAGCAACCUCAUCGGGGCAUCCCGCAUCCUCUACGCCCUGGCCCGGGAUGAUCUCUUUGGCCGGGCACUGGCGCUGGCCAAGAAGACAUCUGCCAGUGGGAACCCCGUGAUGGCGGUGAUCCUCUCCUGGCUGGUGGUGCAGCUUGUGCUCUUCUCUGGGAAGCUCAACACCAUCGCAGGGGUUGUGACCACCUUCUUCCUCCUGGUUUACGCCACUGUCAACCUGGCCUGCCUGGCACUGGAGUGGGCAUCAGCCCCCAACUUCAGGCCCACCUUCCGGUACUUCACCUGGCACACGUGCCUGCUGGGCAUCGCAGGCUGUUGUGUCAUGAUGUUCCUCAUCAGCCCUGUGUCGGCCUCAGCAAGCCUGGGCUUCCUCCUCCUCCUCCUCCUUGCCCUCCACUACCUCUCACCCAGCAGCACCUGGGGCUACAUCAGCCAGGCCCUCAUCUUUCACCAGGUGCGGAAGUACCUGCUGAUGCUGGAUGUGAGAAAGGAUCACGUCAAGUUCUGGCGCCCACAGAUGCUGCUGAUGGUGCAGAACCCACGAGGCAGUGCCCGUCUCAUUGAUUUCGUCAACGACCUCAAGAAGAGUGGCCUCUAUGUCCUGGGCCACGUUGAGCUGCAGGACUUGGACAUGCUGCCCUCGGACCCGCUGCAGCCCCAGCAGGACUCGUGGCUGAGCUUGGUGGACAAGCUGAAUGUCAAGGCCUUCGUCAGCCUCACUCUUGCACCCUCAGUGCGGCACGGAGUCCGGCAGCUCCUUUUCACCUCUGGCCUUGGUGGGAUGCGUCCCAACACUCUGGUACUGGGCUUCUACGAUGAUGCAGCACCGCAGGAUGGUCUGGCCCAGCACCCUGCCUUCACCAGUGCCCGUGAGGAGGUCCCCCUGGGCUUCCCCCCUCUGCGGGCACCUGCCGCCCCCAAGCUGCUGUCACCCCGGGAGUAUGUGGGCAUCGUGGCUGAUGCCCUGAAGAUGCUUCGUAAUGUCCUGCUUGCCCGGCAGCUGGAGAGCCUGGACAAGGCCUGGGAGCUGCGGCGGGCUGCCAGCCCCCCGCCCUCCAUCCACGUCUGGCCUGUCAACCUGCUGCGGCCAGACAGCGCCCGCUACGCUGACACCUGCAGCCUCUUCCUGCUACAGAUGGCCUGUGUCCUCAACAUGGCGCGGGCCUGGCGCCGGGCACGCCUGCGCCUCUUCCUCUGCGUGGAGGCGGGCGCCAUGCCCCACGCCCAGGAGGAGAAGCUGCGCCAGCUCCUCAAGGACUUGCGCAUCCAGGCCCAGAUCCAGCUGGUGCCCUGGGAUGCUGUCACCCACCUGCACUGGCAAACCCGCCAGGGACCCCCGGGGGGCCCAGCAGAGGAGGAAGAGGAGGAAGGGUCUGUGAACUUCCCAGCCAAUGCCACCCAAGUGUCGGAUGAGUACGUCUGUGCCGCCAACAGACUUGUCCUGGAGCAGAGCCCCGCUCCAGCCGUGCGCUUCCUCUACCUGCCGCGGCCACCGGCCGACACCAGCCUCUACCCGCUCUACCUGCACCAGCUGGAGCUGCUCACCCGUGGGCUGGGCCCCACCGUGCUGGUGCAUGGGGUGAGUGCUGUCACCAGCACCCAGCUGUAGGUCACCCUCCUUUGCCCAGUGCCUUUAGCAGCCUGAGCCUGGGUGUGGCCCCAGCCCCUGUGUUCCCACCUUGGUGGGUAUGGAGGGACUGGGGGCUGAGUGCCCAGGGGGAUGGGCUGUUUUGGGGGGGGAGGGUGUUUCCUGCAAAGAAUGGGAGCUGCCCUAGCAGGAUUCGUGCACAGCUCUGACACCAGCCAGGCAACACAGUGCAUUCACGGUGCCUUUUCUUUGGAGUGGCGGUGAGGGAUAGUGGGGUCCCAGGGGGAGUCCAAGCACUGGGAUCCCCAUCUGGCUGCUGGGAGGCCCUUGAUCAAACCCUGCAUCCCCCCCUUUCCCAUGCUUUCCCCCUCCUGCAGCCCCCAGCCUCUCCUCCGCAGGCUCCUCCGGGCACCCAGCCAGCAGUGGGGAUUGAUUAAAGACAGCCUCGACCUUGGUGCCCCAGCUCCCCGCCAUCCUCCCUGCCUUUCAUUAGGAAAAAUUAAACGGGAAGGGGUGGGGGAGGGGAGCCCAGAUGCCUGGGUUCCCUGCAUGAAGCUGGAUGCGGGGAGGGGGAGCAGCUGGGUGCUGGUCUUAAUGCCUACUGGGUAUGGCACCCCAGACCUUCCUCAGCGCCCCAAGUGCUGCUGGGUGGGGGGGCACCCAGAUGCUUUAAUCUCUAUUCCCCCACACACGGGCUCUGAGCCCUUGGUCCUUCCAGGGAGGGAGAAAAUGUUAUGGAGUGGCGUGGGGGAGGGCCUUACCCGGAUACCUGGGUCCCCUGGCCUUGCUCUGGGACCUCCCUCAUGGGUCGUCGCCACCUCCCUGCAACCAUCUUCACAUGCAUAAGCGAGCUGGCAUUGUCCCCUGCCCCCAUUUACUGAUUAGAGGAGGGCAGGAAAUGGCCUGGGUGCUGGGUGAUAAAUCCAUUGGGUGCCUGGCAGGUGGGCAAUGUGCCCAGGUGCUGUCUGAUGUAUUGCUUCCUAUUAGCCCCAGCACAGGGGGGUGGGGGGCUGCUCCAGGCUGUGCUGGGCCAUGGCAGGGGGGCACAAGGGUGGCACUGCUGUCUGCACCUGCUCUGACCAAGUUUGGCACUGCCAGCUGGCAGCUCUGCUCAGCCAGAGGGCUGGAGAAACCUAGGCAGCUGGGGGAUGAAAAUGGGGGAACCCCUUUGCUCCCUACAUUUUGCCUGAACUUGUGCCCAAAUCUCCACCCCAGUAUGUGGGCAGGGGGCUGGGGCUGGCCUUGCUCCCCACUGCAGCAGGUGGGUGCCCUGGGGUGGGCACUGCGCAGACCGCGGGGUUUAUUUACAAACAGGCGGAAGCUGGCACAGGGCAGCCGGGCACCAGCGGGACCCGGCGGCCUAUAAUGUUAAUUAUCACCACGUAAUUAAAAGCCCAUAAAAAGCCUCA